AUGGCCGACACGAAUGAGAUGGAGGUGGACGCGCCUGCUUCACCAGAUGCCGCUCCUGCCAAGACUGGCGGCGACAGCACAACCCACGCCAAUGCGACAGCCGUCCGUAGUAUUGAAGGCUGGAUCGUGAUCGCGACCAACAUCCACGAGGAAGCCACCGAAGAGGAUAUUCAAGACAUGUUCGGCGAGUUUGGGGAAGUCAAGAACCUGCAUCUCAACUUGGACAGAAGGACGGGAUAUGUCAAGGGCUAUGGGCUAAUCGAAUACACUACGCUCGAUGAUGCCAAAGCUGCGAUUGAAGGUGCGAAUGGCGAGAAGUUGCUGGAUCAGACAUUGGCGGUAGACUUUGCUUUCGUGCGCCCACCACCGGCUAAAAGCCAGCCGCAGCAGGCACGGGGUGGAGCGAGAGGUAAGGGUGGCCGAGAUCGAAGCGGCAGUCCUGGUAGGAGGAAGCGGGAGGAGGAAGAUGACGAGGUGGAUGCGAAGGAUGAAGAUGAUUGA